AAAAAGACAAGUUGCGCUCAUUGUGGAGCAGUCAACAACAGUGACAGUAGCUGAUCAGACCCAAAAUAUCUGCAGAGAUUUUUUAAGUGUCGGGACAAGUCAUCGAUUGCUUUCAGUGCGCUCAUUUGCGGUCAUUGAAAUCUAAGGAAGUGGUUUUCAAACUACCUCGCAGAAGAUCUCGCUGAGGUUCAGGUGAAGAAGAGAAACUAUGGAUGCGGUAUGCCUCCUGUGUUUGGCGCUGACCGUGGGUGCGUGGUUUGCCUCCGCGGAGAGACACAGCGUCUACUGGAACGGCUCGAACCCAGAUUUCGUGUGGGACGAUUAUACCGUGGAGGUGCGCAUCAAUGACUAUCUGGACAUCAUCUGCCCCCACUACACCCAUGGAGAGGUGGCAUCCCAUGCAGCCGAGCGCUAUGUGCUGUACAUGGUGGAGAAGGAGGACUACGAAGUGUGCAAACCUCACUCCUUUGACCAGCUCCGCUGGGAGUGCUCACGGCCCUUCGCUCCCCACGCUCCCGAAAAAUUCUCCGAAAAGUUCCAGCGCUUCACUCCGUUCACUCUGGGCAAGGAGUUCAGGCAGGGGGAGAGCUACUAUUAUAUCUCCAAGCCAAUGCAUCACCAUGGCAAGGAUUGUCUGAAGCUGAGGGUGGAUGUAGUCGGGCAUAAAGGCUCUGGAAAGUCCUUCCUCGACAAAUCCAAAGUGGAGGAGAAAGGCAAAGGCUUAGAUGGUGGAAAAGUGAAGUUUGCCGCUGCUGGAGGAGUUCACAACCCCACUAACCGGCUCCCAGCAGAUGACCCUGCUGUGAUGGAGCCAAAUGUCCAGAGGAGCAUUGGCAGCUCCGCAGCACAGCUGGUGUCGCUGUCACUCUCCUUUACCAUGAUCCCAGUCUUAUUAGCCCUGAUGCUGCACUAAGGCCCUGCCGCCGCACACCAAAAACAGAGACUAUUCUAACCCGACGCUGGUUGUCGGGACAUGAACACUCCAAUUUCUUUUUUUUUUUUCCUUUUUUUUUUACAGAGAUUUUUUUAUACAAGCGUGGACAGUGUGUGUUUGACUUGUUUGUGUAAAAGUGGAGCGUUGAUCGCUCUAGAGAAGAGGACCUUUUCUUACUUUAUUUUGAGGAUGGAAAUUCUCAAUUUUGACCAUUCAAGAUGCACAAUUUUUUUUCCUGUCAUAAUGAACAACACUAUGAGAAAGAGGAUAAAAAAAUUAAGAUGAAAUUGACAGCAACAUUAUGUUGCCCUCAUUGUCAUGUUCAUAUCAUUGGUACUGCUGUGCAUUGUUUUACCAACCCGUCACUCAUUUUCUUCCUCUACAUGUAGAGAAAUUAUUAUAAUUUUUUCCUUUUUUUGUGUACUGUUGUCGACAUCGUACAAAGUGGUAUAGAUAAUGUAAAAUAUUUGUCAUUGUUGUGUAGCACUCGGCUCCUGGUUUUAACUCCUCUUGUUAGAUGUCUUUUUUCAGUUUAGUCAUACAGCAUUUAGAAGACACUUAUCCCAUUCAAACCAGUGAUUUUCAUUCACUUACACUCAAUUUUAUCUGAUUAGUUCAACCAUAGUAAGGUGCUCUCACUACUGAAUCAAUGGUUUGUUUUAUUCUUUCCACUAAUGUUUUGGAGAAAAUAAUGGCUUGCUGAAGUUCUUCGUCCAUCAGUCUUAUGUUCUGACAAGAUUAUGAGACACCAAUCGGCUGAACGAAUCAGACAAAAGUCUCUGACUAGCUGGAGUUUGGGGAGCUGAGCUUCAUUAAGUACUGCGUCUCACUCACUAAUUUGACAGUGUUUAUGGUAUCAUGGUACACUGGUUAAUGUUUGCAGAUGUCAUCCUGUUUGCACUUCAUCAAACCUCAAACUGAAGGGGCUUCCCAGAAUUCAUGUCUGUUUGUGUUAAACAAGCUUACUUUGUUUUGUUUGUGUUCAUUUGUAAAUGUGUACAUAAUGAAAACUAUAAUGAGCUGUUUUAAGAUGUGAACAAUCUUUCGUGAAAUAAAAAAAAUUGAUGU